UUUUUAUAAUGAAAUGUUUUUGCUUUGAAAUGGGAAUAGGAUAAUUAUAUUUCUUAAUAGAUUACAUUUACACUAUUUUUUUUCUUAACACUCUCCUAGUAAAUAUUUCUCCGUUUCUUUCGUUUGGGACACAGCGCACACGCCCAUUUUGUUUACGCACUGAAAAUCAGGAAGUGUUUUGGAGUCGAGUCCGAUUCUGAUUCCUGGUUCUGGAAUCAAUGAGAUUCGAUUCCAAGAAUCGAUUCCCCUUUUGUUUUCGAUUUCUAAUCACUAUUAGCGAGCAAGGCUGCAUCCAGAAACGACCUCAGGCGCCCAUAGAUAAGCUUUGUUGAUCUGAAAACGGCUAUGAAUGGGGAGUAGAUUCCCCUCGAUGGGAUCGAUUCCAACCUUUGAAAUCGACUCUCGAUUCCCAACGCCUCGGAAUCGAGGAAUCGAUUCUUUUUGGAAUCGACUCCCAGCCCUAUUCAAGAGAAAUGAAACCCAAUUCACCACUAAACGCUUGUUUUAACAACGAUCCUCACCGCUGUUUUUGUUUACAAAGCUGUAAAUCGGAUAAUAUAUGAGUUGUGUUUCUGUCGAAGUAGGUGUCUGGACUUUGGGCAAAACAGCCCUUUUUACAGAAUAGAGGCUGAGAAUCUGCUCAUCUUUGAGAAGACUGCAAAGAAAUGGCUGAAUCUGCAGCGAGUCAGUAUGAGGAUCAGUUCAGUUGUUCAGUCUGUUUGGAUCGGCUGAAGGAGCCGGUGACGAUUCCCUGUGGACACAGUUACUGUAUGAGCUGUAUUACUGACUGCUGGGAGCAGAAGGAGCAGGAGCCGCCGUACCGCUGUCCCCAAUGCAGAGAGAGCUUCAGUCAGAGACCUCUACUGAAGAAGAACACUCUGAUAGCUGAGAUGAUGGAGACGCUGCAGAAGACGUCCCUACAAACGGCUGCUGUGGAGUGUGAUGUUUGCACUACAGAGAAGAACAGAGCUGUAAAGUCCUGUCUGCAGUGUUUGGCCUCCUUCUGUCAAACUCACCUGCAGCCUCACUAUGAAUCUCCUGUGUUUAUGAAGCACAAACUAGUUGAAGCCUCCAAAGGCAUUCAGGAGAACAUCUGCCUCAGUCAUGGGAAACUUCUAGAGAUGUACUGUCAGGAUGACCGUCAAUGCAUUUGUUGUUUGUGUACUGAUAAUCAUAAAGGACAUAAUGUGGUGUCUAUGGAUUCAGAAUGGACUAGUAAAAAGAACGAGUUAAAGGAGAUAAAGGAGGCAUGUCAGAAGCUGAUCCAGGAGCGAGAGAGAGGUCAGCAAGAUCUCAGUGAAGCUGUAAAGCUCCUUAAAAGUUCAGCACAAGAGGCCGUGGAGAACAUUGAGAAGGUCUUCACUGAGCUCAUCUGCUCUCUGGAGAAGAAACACUCUGAGAUUAAAGAGCAGAUCAGAGCUCAGGAGAAGACUGAGAUAGAUCGAGCAGAGGAACUUCACAAACAUCUGGAUCAAGAGCUGACAGAACUCAGAAAAAGACAAACAGAGAUUGAAAAACUUCUGAUUAGUGAUGAUCAGAUCCAUUGUCUGAAGAGUUGUCAGUCUGUGUGUGUUUUACCAAAAUUUAAAGAGGUUCCCAGCUUCACUCAACACAGUGAUCUGUCUUUUAAAGACAUUUCAAUCUCAGCAUUCAGAGAGGUUUUGGAGGACGUCUGUCAACAGCAAACAGACAGAAUAGCUCGAGAAGUGUCAUGUGUUCAUGUUACAAAACCUCUAGAGCCAAAGACUCCAGAUGAUUUUUUGCAGUAUUUCUAUCUGCUUCACCUGGAUCUAAACACUGCACAUAAAAACAUCAAAUUGUCCGAAGACAACAGGAAAAUAUCAUUUUCAUUUAAAGCCCAGCAAUAUCCUGAUCACCCAGAGCGAUUUGAUCAGUUUAAUUACAUCAUGUGUAGAGACGGUUUGUACGAUCGCUCUUACUGGGAGGUUGAGUGCCGUGGGAACGAUUGGGGUGUAGCAGUUUGUUACAAAGGAAUUGGUCGUAAAGGAGACAUCGAUGACUGUAAACUUGGCUUAAACAAAAUAUCCUGGAGACUGACCCGCUAUCAGCAUGCUAACUAUUUCACUCAUGACAACAAGCAUAUCUUAAUCCCUGCUCUCCCCUCCUCUAGAAUAGGAGUGUAUCUGGAUCACAGAGCAGGAACUCUGUCCUUCUACAGUGUCUCUGACACAAUGACUCUACUACACAGAGUCCAGACCACAUUCACUGAACCCCUCUACCCUGCAUUUUUUGUUGGAAAUGCUUCAUCUUCAUUCAGGAUGAUUGAACAGAACAGAGGAGAGCUUAGACCAUUGAUUAAGAUUUAGAUUUAGAUAGAGUUUCUAAAUUAUUAAAAUAUUUAUGUAAAAACAAAGUAUUUAAAAUCAAAAUGUAGUUUGGCUGAACAAAGUUCUUAUUAAGCAUUAAACACUAAAGAGGCUUAAGCAACACUCUCUUAAAACUCUUAAAUUAGGCACAAUUAAAAAAUGUGCCAUUUAUCAUUACAUUUGCUGAAGUCAGAUGUUACAGUGAUAUGUGUGUGUGUUGUGUGUGUGUUCCUGGCAUCUGAAAGUUCUUUUCUUCAGCAAGGUUAUUAUUUACUGCAUCUCGCAAUAAUUCAUGUCUGAAUGCACAAUGCAGUUUAUUAUGAGGACACAAGAUGACAGAAUUAGUGAAGAAAAUGGUCAGCUGCAGAACCUUAUGUUUACACUUCACAGUAUUAACAAAAUCUUUAUUUUUGCACAUCACAUAUGUAUUAAAUGCAAUCGCCAUUUUGUUUUUCUAUUGCUAGGUACUUAAAAGGACUUUUUUUGUUUUUAUAAUGUGCCAAAUCCUAAAUCUAACAAGUCAACAUUGUUUCAAAAGUUGGAUGACUGGUCUCAGGGCAACCAAUGACUUUGAAUUUGCUUGAUUUUUAAAGUGUUUUCAUUACUGCUUUAACUGUUGGUGCUGACAAACAGCUGACACUGUCAAACUUUAUAAAUCAGCUGCAUUUUUAAAAACAAACCUCAUCCUGUAAGUAUGUAGUAGAAUUGUUUCUUUAAUAGAAACAUGUUUAUGUUUCUGUUUUUCCUUGGCUGUAUAGUGUUAGGGAGCAACUAGUUACAUGUAUUACCUAAUGCAGUUAUACAACAAAUGUAACUGGUUACAGUUACUGAGAAAAGUGUGUAAUUAAAUUACAGUUACUUAUGGAAAUGUAAACAAUUGCAAAGGGGGUUACAUCUGAAUAUUUACACACACACACACAUACAGAUUUAACUGAUUUCUUUCAAUGUCUCAAGAGUUCACAGAAUAGGACACAUGCUUAUUCCAUAACUCUUUUAUUUCCUGUUAGGGUUUAUGUGUCACCCCCAGCCUUUGUUCCUGUUUCCUUUUAUGGUCAUGUUUCCUGUUCUUGUCUAGUUAAUUUGAUCCCAGAUGUGUCUUGUUAAUUCCCUCAUUUGUAAUGUAUUUAAGACCAGUUUUUCCAGUGUCCUGUGUUUUGGUGUCUUCCUGUUCUCCUUUGUGGUUUUGCCUCCCCCUGCAUUGACUUUUGGUUUUGUUUUAUUAAUGUGUAUUAUUUUGUCAAGUUUGCUCCUUCAUUUCCUUGUCACACUCUUCUCCACCUUGACACACCAUUAUGUGCUUUGUUUUUUGUUGUUUUUUUUUCGAGGUGUUGUUAGAUGCCAGUGUUUCCUGUCAAAGCUAUCAAAAAAUAUCCUGUCAAAAAAUAAUACAAAUUUAUGAUUUUAAAUUUGUAUUUAACUUCAGAAUAAUCUUAAAGUAAAAAGAGAUGCUAAAGUCUGAUUU